AUGACCGAGUCUAUCAAAGCUGCUCUUUAUCCGCGAUACUGCUUCCACCUAUCGCCUACCGUGAAUGCCUGGUGUCUGCUGCGUGCUGUCGACAUUCACGCUCUAGAUCAACAUGCUGGCUUUGAAGGAGAAAACUUCUUCUUCUACAGAAACCUCCCGAUAAAAUGGGUGCGAGUGGUUGGCGUCGUCGUGGCCAUCGAGCAAUUCUUCAACCGGCGGCUUUAUACCAUCGAUGAUAGCAGCGGUACAAACAUUGUUGUUGUGACUACCCCGCCAAUUCCCGCAAAGCCAAAAGACGAAUCGACCGGAGGCGAACAGCGAACGGACAAGGAUGCAGAUGCACAAGAGGCCGAUCCUUAUGCAGAUAUCGAUGUUGGCAUGGUGGUGGAUGUGAAAGGCAGUGUGUCAUUGUUCCGCAACGAACACCAGAUCAAUAUCGAGAGGAUGAUCAUUGUGAAGAGUACGGCUCAAGAGGUAGUGCUGUGGGAAAAGCGUGCAAGAUUUCGCCGCGAAGUCUUGGACGUGCCUUGGGUGCUCCGAGACAAAGACGUACGCCGAUGCCGACGAGACGCGGAACGGUCAGAAGCUGAGGCAGCGAAGAAGAAGGCGAAGAAGCAAAGCAGGACCAAGGAAGUUAAAUCAGGGAGUACGAAGCUGCCUACAAGAGAUUCAAAGAGCAAAAGCUCGCGUGACGACGGCGUGGCCAAGACAGUACAGAAGAUCAUUGGGGAGGGCGCAUCAACGGGGAAAUAUAAUGCUCUUGGGUUAUAG